UUAUUCCGAUUCCAUUUUGUCUACUGUUUAUUCAGUUCUUCUAUUAUAUGCCAGUCGUAUUAACUUCGUUUAGACUAUGCUUUUAAUCUGACCCAAUCGCAAAUAAAUCACGUGAAUAACAGCCCGUUGAUAUCCGGCUUGUUUAUAGCAUUCCUGUUUACAACUCACUAGUUUCUUCGUUGAAUAUCUUCCAUAUUGCUUUUGUCAAGAUGGACUCCGGUGAUGUUGUUCCUCCAUCAUCUCCUGAUGCCUUUGAGGAGGCCCAUUCCACUGAAUUAGCUCCUAAGGCGAUGUUUGUAAUCAAUCGCAAGGGUGAGAGUGAGGAGGUGCACUUUGAUCGCAUUUUGGAGCGCAUUCGCAAAUUGUCGUUUGGCCUUCACAGCUUGGUCGACGCUCCUCGUGUGACCCAAAGCGUGAUCAACGGUAUGUAUUCUGGUAUUCGUACAUCCCAGCUUGAUGAGUUGGCUGCUCAAACAUGUGCUUACAUGGCUGCUACACAUCCCGAUUACUCCAAGCUUGCGGCUCGUAUUGUGGUUGACAACUUGCACAAGAACACUUUGGAUAACUAUGCUGAUGUGAUUACUGCUUUGUUCAAGUACAAGUAUAUUUACGACAGCAAUGCUUCGUUGAUUAGUGAAGAGGUUUACGAUUUUAUAAUGGCAAACAUCGAUCGUAUAAACGCUGAGAUUGACUAUUCCCGUGACUUUCAGUACGACUACUUUGGUUUGAAGACUUUGGAGCGUUCCUAUUUACUUCGUAUAAAUGACAAGAUAGUGGAGCGUCCUCAACACAUGUUAAUGCGUGUAUCUGCUGGUAUCCACACUGGUGACAUUGAGCGUACCAUUCAGACCUACCACUUGAUGAGUCAGAAGUACUUCACUCAUGCGACUCCCACCUUGUUCUUCUCCGGUACUCCUCGACCUCAGAUGUCCAGUUGUUUCUUACUGGACAUGAAGGAUGACUCCUUGGCUGGUAUUUUCGAGACUUUGACCCAGUGUGCCUUCAUUAGCAAGUGUGCUGGUGGUAUUGGCCUUGCUUGUCACAAGAUCAGGGCCAGUGGCGCUUACAUUCGUGGUACCAACGGCAAGAGCAACGGUCUAGUCCCAAUGUUACGUAUAUUCAACUCCACUGCUCGUUAUGUUGACCAGGGUGGUGGCAAGCGUAAAGGUUCCUUUGCCAUCUACCUUGAGCCAUGGCAUGCUGACAUUAUGGACUUUCUGGACUUGCGCAAGAACCACGGUGCUGAGGAAGCUCGCGCCCGUGAUUUGUUCUAUGCUUUGUGGAUUCCUGACCUGUUUAUGAAGCGUGUUGAGUCCAACGGUGACUGGACACUGAUGUGUCCCGAUGAGUGCCGUGGCUUAUAUGAUGUUUGGGGUGAUGAGUUCGAGGCCCUAUACACCAAAUACGAGAUGGAGGGUCUUGGUCGUAAGACUAUCCCAGCACAGACCCUGUGGUUUGCCAUAUUGCAAAGUCAGAUAGAGACUGGCAACCCGUUUAUGCUCUAUAAGGAUGCUUGCAAUGCCAAGUCGAACCAGCAGAAUCUGGGUACUAUUAAAUCCUCUAACCUGUGUUGCGAGAUUGUUCAGUACACAUCUCCCGAGGAGGUUGCUGUAUGUAACUUGGCAUCAAUUGCACUUCCCAUGUAUGUGGACAAGGAGAACAAGACCUACGACUUCAAGAAGCUGUACGACGUUGCUCGUGUGAUUACCUACAACCUGAACAAGGUCAUUGAUCGUAACUACUACCCCGUUCCUGAGGCCAAGGUAUCAAAUCACCGCCACAGGCCCAUUGGUGUCGGCGUUCAGGGUCUCGCUGAUACCUUCAUGUUGAUGCGUUAUCCAUUUGAGUCCGAGGAGGCUAAGGAGCUGAACCGUCGUAUAUUUGAGACUAUAUACUACGGGUGUUUGGAUGAAUCAAUUUCACUGGCUGAGAAGUAUGGUACUUACGAGAGUUACCCAGGGUCACCAGCGUCCCAGGGUAAGCUUCAGUUUGACCUUUGGGGUGCAACUGUUGACAACAAGUUAUGGGACUGGGAUGGCCUCAAGCAGCGUAUGGCCAAACACGGGUUACGCAACUCGCUAUUCCUGGCGCCCAUGCCAACAGCAUCCACAUCACAGAUUCUGGGCAACAACGAGUCGUUCGAGCCCUACACCAGCAAUAUCUACUACCGCCGCGUGCUGAGUGGUGAAUUCUUUGUGGUCAACCCUCAUUUACUGCGUGAUCUGGUAGACCUUGGCCUUUGGGAUGACGCUAUGAAGGAGAAGUUGAUUGCUUACAACGGGUCGCUUCGUCACAUUGAGGGUAUCCCUCAGCACAUCAAGGACCUUUACAAGACCGUUUGGGAAAUUAAGCAGAAGAGCAUUAUCGACAUGGCUGCGGACCGUGGUAUUUUCAUUGAUCAGUCACAAUCGCUCAAUAUCUACCUUGACCAGCCUACUUUCGGCAAGCUGACCAGUAUGCACUUCUAUGGCUGGAAGAAGGGUCUGAAGACCGGUACCUACUACUUACGCACACAGGCUGCUACUGACGCUAUUAAAUUCACUGUUGACACGAGUGUGAGUCAGAUGGCCAAGGCUACCAGCCAGCAGCAGCGUGCUAAGGCUACCGAUGGCGUGUCUACUACUGAGGGCUCGCCGGUAUCGACAGAAGAUCCAUCCGGCUACGCUGUAUGCCGCCUGCGUACUGACCCCAACUCCAACGAGCCCUGCGUAAUGUGCUCGGGUUAGUGCCGUUCUACAAAUUUGUUCUUGGCUGCUCCGCAGUUUGGGCACGUGAAACUCUGCGUGCGUCAUUACGCUGUGGUGGCUACACUCACCGAUGAAAAGAACCUUUCCUCCCUAUUUUUGGCUGGGAAUAUGGUGAAUCCACAUCCCGUGCACUGGUACCUAUUCAGUGCCGGCGCUGCAGC